AUGAAAAUGAAAAAAAAUAAGUUUUCUUCCCUUAUUAGAACUUUUAACAUUACCCUACUAUUAUUCACAUACCUUUGCUCUUAUGAAUUUAGCACUUUUAGCAAAUGCUCGAAUAAUAAAAUUAAUACAAACAAUGUAUUGGGUUUAAGAUCAAGCAGGUUACUAAGAGGGAAAAAAUAUGUACAAAACAGUUUUGCAUACAAUCAUAAUGUAAAUGAAAAAUUAUUAAAAAUAAAUAGUAAUAAAAUUGAGACUCAUUAUAAUGCAGUUUUUCCUGAUCAUAUUUCCACGAAACAAGACGAUAAAUGUAAAUAUGCUCACAAUUUUGACAACAGUUAUGACGAUAUAAAAUAUGAUUGCAAUUCUAAAGAAGAAUUAAAUAGAAAUUAUUACGAUGAAGAUAAAUUUGAAGAAUUCGAGAGCUCAAAAAAUGAUCUGCAUUUUUAUGAGCAGUCAAAUAGGCACAAACAAAAUAAGCAUUUUGUGAAUCAGAAUAAUACACGAAACGACUUUGAUUAUGACGACUAUGAUGAUGAUGAUAGUGAUAGUUACAGUAGCAAAUACCUUUAUAGAAAAGCAAAAGGCCAAAUAAAAAAAUACAAUAAAUUAGAAGGACAAAAUAAAUUUUUGAUUGAAAAAUUGCUUGCUAAGGAUAAUAUAAUUGAAAAGGAAAACAAAAAAUCUAGCAAUAAUCCAAUAGUUAAAUAUUUUAAAAAAAUAGACGCCAAACUGGAAAGAGAAAUAUUAAAAGCUUAUUCAUAUAAUAUACUUAAUGAUGAAACUGAAGAUGUACUUAGUAUUUCAUCCGUAGAGAAAAAACUUUUUUGGGGUAAAGUAAAAAUUAUAACUCCCUUUAUUGUUAUAGGAAUCUUUAUAAUUAUAUUUUCCUUAAUGAAUUAUACCAAACUUGUUAUUAUAUUAUCUUUACUGUGUGUGAUGAGCUUAAAAUACUUCUUUUCUAAAUUAAAUAAAUGUGAGCGUUUACUCAACUCAUAUCAAAGAACUGAUGAAGAUCACAAAAAAACAAAAAAAAGACCAAGAAAUUAA